GGCUUCAGCCAGCAGCACGCAUCCCUGGGGUUAGGAGCCAGCAUCUCAGGUCGGCAGCCAUGGUUUCUCUGGAGACAGACGCAUCAGAGGCUCAUUCAGAGCCUUAACCCUGAGCCUCUGCCACCUACCCACCGUGUUGAAGAUGUCAUUGCUUGGAAGGGACUACAACAGUGAGCUGAACUCCUUGGACAAUAGAUCUCAGUCCCCCUCGGAGAGCAGCAGUAGCAUUACUUCAGAGAAUGUCCAUCCUGCUGGGGAAGCUGGACUAUCGACGAUGCAGACUUUGAUCCACUUGUUGAAAUGCAACAUUGGCACAGGGCUCCUGGGGCUACCCCUGGCCAUGAAGAAUGCUGGCUUAUUGGUCGGUCCUGUCAGCCUUCUGGCCAUCGGGGUCCUCACCGUGCACUGCAUGGUCAUCCUGCUGAACUGUGCUCAACACCUCAGUCAGAGACUGCAAAAGACUUUUGUGAACUAUGAAGAGGCCACGAUGUACAGCCUUGAAACCUGCCCAAACACCUGGCUGAGGACCCAUGCAGUGUGGGGAAGAUGGAGUUUGGCUCUGUCGCCCAGGCUGGAGUGCAGUGGCAAGAUCUCAGCUCACUGCAACCCCCACCUUCAGGGUUCAAGCGAUUCUCCUGCCCAAGCCUCCCGAGUAGCUGAGAUUUACAGGUACACUGUCAGCUUCUUAUUAAUCAUCACCCAGCUGGGCUUCUGCAGUGUUUAUUUUAUGUUUAUGGCAGACAAUUUACAACAGAUGGUGGAAGAAGCCCAUGUGACCUCUAACAUCUGCCAGCCCAGGGAGACUCUGGCGCUGACCCCCAUCUUGGACAUUCGUUUCUACAUGCUGACUAUCCUGCCCUUCCUGAUCCUGUUGGUGUUUAUCCAGAACCUCAAAGUGCUGUCUGUCUUCUCGACAUUGGCCAACAUCACCACCGUGGGGAGCAUGGCUCUGAUCUUUGAGUAUAUCAUGCAGGGGAUUCCAUAUCCCAGCAACCUACCCUUGAUGGCAAACUGGAAGACCUUCUUGCUGUUCUUUGGUACAGCCAUCUUCACGUUUGAAGGCGUCGGUAUGGUUCUGCCUCUCAAAAACCAGAUGAAGCAUCCACAGCAGUUUUCUUUUGUUCUGUACUUGGGUAUGUCCAUUGUCAUCAUCCUCUAUAUCUUCCUGGGGACACUGGGCUACAUGAAGUUUGGGUCAGACACCCAGGCUAGCAUCACCCUCAACUUGCCCAAUUGCUGGUUGUACCAGUCGGUCAAACUGAUGUACUCUAUCGGCAUCUUCUUCACCUAUGCCCUCCAGUUCCACGUCCCAGCUGAGAUCAUCAUCCCGUUUGCCGUCUCCCAAGUGUCAGAGAGCUGGGCAUUGUUUGUAGACCUGUCUGUCCGCUCAGCCUUGGUCUGUCUAACCUGUGUCUCAGCCAUCCUCAUCCCCCGCCUCGACCUGGUCAUCUCCUUGCUGGGCUCUGUGAGCAGCAGCGCCCUGGCCCUCAUCAUCCCAGCCCUCCUGGAGAUCGUCAUCUUUUACUCUGAGGACAUGAGCUGUGUCACCCUUGCCAAGGACAUCAUGAUUAGCAUCCUGGGCCUUUUAGGGUGUAUAUUUGGGACAUACCAAGCCCUCUAUGAGUUGACCCAACCCAUCAACCAUUCCAUGGCCAACUCCACAGGUGUCUAUGCAUAAUUAUGUUUUUAUUCUAAUAGCUCUCCCUUCCUCCCAUCCC